CAAUGUGCCGCAAGGCAUUCAGUCUGCCUGAAACCCAGAAGAAGAAGAAGAAGAAGAAGAAGAAGAAGAAGAAGAAGAACGUAAAGGAAAACCUUAGCUCAUAGUAAAAAGAGAAAGGCUACCAGUGUUUAGUUUUCUCGUUAGCUCUGCUUUGAUCAGUCAUCUGUGAAACAUGUGGAGACUUCAAAGUCUGAAGGUUUUUAUCAACCAGCGGCUAACUGCGGCAGUGGAGGAGGUAAUUGGCCGUUUAGAGAAAGCAAUCACCGAGUAUGAAGAGGAGAUGGAGUGCCGCCAUCGCAGGCUGCUGGACACGGCUUCAAAACCUGACGACGAGCGGCGAAGAGCAGUAUUUUCUGCAGAUGUCCAGCAGCAGUUGGUGAUUAAAGAAGAGCUUCCUUCUGAGCAGCAGGAGUGGAACCCCAGCCUAGACCAGGAGGAUCCAGAGCCCCCACACAUUAAAGAGGAAAAGCAGGAUUUCUGGACCAGUCCGGUCAUGAGUCAGCUGCAAGGACUGCGUGAGGACAGUAUCACCAAGUUCCCAUCCGUGCAUGUCCCAGUGAAGAGUGAAGAUGAAGAGAAAUCUCAGUCCUCACAGCUUCAUCAAAGACAAACUGAGGAGAACCGAGAGGCAGAGCCUCCAGCCAGCAGCUCAACUGAACAGAUGAAAACAGAAGCUGAUGGACAGGACUGUGGAGGACAAGAACCAGACAGGAUCUUAGUAUCUGAUUAUAAAUGUCUAUCUGGAUUUAAUGACAAGACUUCACACUAUUCUGAAGCUAGUGGUGAUGACUGGAAGGAGACCGGUACACCUCAGACAGAUAUAAAAACUCUGAAAAAUACAGCUCCUGUCAAUGAUAUGGGACGUAAUACUGGCAUUAAAUCAUUUAGCUGCUCAAAAUGUGGUAAAAUAUUUGGCCAAAAGCACCAUCUGCAGACACACAUGAGAUGCCAUACUGGAGAGAAACCCUUUGGUUGUUCUCUGUGUGGUAAAAGAUUUACUCAGAAGGGAAAUCUGACACAACACCUGGCAGUCCACACACGGGAAAAACCAUGUAGUUGUCCUGUUUGUGGUGAAAGAUUUUCACAAAAAGGAAAUCUGACACAACACAUGACAGUCCACACAAGGGAAAAACUUUCUGAAUGUGCGGUAAUUAAAUUUGAAUAAUACUUUUGACUAAUGUUAUCUGAUUCCAUCUGUCAGAUGUUUCACGGAAUCACAGUAUUUGAACAUUACAGUGAGAUUAUUUUACUUGGCAGCAUCCACGUUAUAGUCAAGAAGCACAGGGGAGACUCCUUUACUGCUCACACUAAUCACCAAACAUAGCUCACAGAGAGCUCCCAAAGGAGCUAUGUAAAGUAGGUACAUUAGUGUAUCUCUUGUUCUAGAGAUGGGAGGGGUGGGUUCAGGGUUUUUUAUGUAUGUUGAAAAA